AUGGGCUCCUCUCCCUUCACAAUGAGGUCCGUCCUCGCCCUCUUCCUCUUCGCCAUCCAACUUGUCUCCGCCCUGAAAUUCGACUUGCCCGCCGGCAGCGGCAAGAACGAGCGAUGCGUCCGCAACUUUGUGUCCCGCGACCAGCUCGUCGUGGUCACUGCCAUCGUGAACGGCAAUAAGGGUGAUGGCCAGCAGGUCAGCAUGCACAUCAAGGAUGCCAUGGGCAAUGACCACGGUCGUCCUAAAGAUAUCGUUGGUGAGGUGCGUCAGGCGUUUACCUCUACCGCGGAUACCGCUUUCGAUGUGUGCAUGGACAACCAACUUGUCGGUCGUGGUGCCAACGCCAACUCCUUCCGCGAAGUCGAGCUCGAUGUCGAGAUCGGCGCCGACGCCCGCGACUGGUCCAGUAUCCAAGUCCAAGAGAAGCUCAAGCCCGUCGAGACCGACCUCCGCCGCAUCGAAGAGAUGGUCCAAGAUAUCGUCACGGAGAUGGAAUACCUGCGUGCCCGCGAGCAGCGCCUACGCGAUACCAACGAGAGCACCAACGAGCGUGUCAAGUGGUUCGCCUUCGGUACCAUGGGCAUGCUGAUGGGCCUGGGCGCGUGGCAGGUUGUCUACCUGAGGGCUUACUUCCGAUCUAAGCACCUUAUCUAG